AUGUCAAACGAUCAAUCAAACUCCAGCGACGAGUCGGCCAAUGAAAAUCUGAAUCCCGUUUCCAACAUGGAGGAUAACGACGAACCGACUGCUCACGUAAUAACCGACGAUGAAUCAGCUGAAAUGGCAAAUCCCACGUCCAGCCUUUCAACUGACGAUCUACCUGACGAUCUACCUGCUGUGAAUGACCCGACGGUGAAUGAUGAACCUGCCAUUCCCUCCGGAAGUUCCGGUCCCCAACACCAACCGAUGAAUUACGACCACGGUGAAUGCGCCAUUUGCAUGAGUCCCCAAACGGACAAAUCACGACUCGAUUGCGGCCACGUCUUUUGUUUCGACUGUCUGGUCAGCUGGUGCCGCGUCAAGUUGGAGUGCCCGACAUGCAGGCAACCGUUCAGCCAAUUCGUUCACAACAUCACUUCGGGAUCGUCCCAGGGCGAAGUUUUCACACCCGUCCGUCCUCCCGCACCACCAAGACGGAGAAUGGUAUUUCGUGCUUUUUCGGUGUACGAUGGAAGUCGUUGGGUCACCUUGAACGAUGGAAAUGGUGGGUUACCCUUGAACGAUGAAGCCUUCCACCGAUUCAUGGUGGCAAUGUUAUUUCCUGGAAUCAAUCUGCUCAGUACCGAUGAUCAGCCCGACCCACCCAACGAUCCUUCCAACGACUUGGACUAA